UCCGGGUGCGCUAGGACUGGGUUCCCCGUGCAUGAAGCACCGACACUGUGCUGGUGUCUCCAGAGUGUUCGCGUUGCACCUCCAGCUCGGCCAGGUCGCUGUGAUCCCAGCUGUGCAGACAAGGAGCCCACCAUUUGUGACAGGCUCGACUCUGCAAAAGUCUCUGUCCUUCCGUCUCGAAGCCCUGUGCUCCAAACACACUUCCUCCUUCUGGAACCUGGAGCCGUGCAAGGGUCUGCCGCCUGCAGAGGCCCUGGUGCUUUCCUGUGCGCAGCGUCCGCCUCACUGCGGGAUCUGAGGCCUGGUCCCGCGCGCAGGUCGGGCUGUGGACUCGCCUCUACCCUGCCAGACUCUCGAGCCCACCUUUGGCUCCCGCGCGGCUCAGAGAGGGUAUCCGGCCACCCCCGGCCCCAGGCUGAGCGGACCUUGGCCCUUCCUCUGGCCUGGGCUCCGGAGGGACCCAGAUGUUCUCCCUCCCUCAGAAGGAAUCCGGGACGCCUACCGCCCUUGUGGACCCAACCUCCACACAGGGCCUGGACAGUAACUAUGGGGAUGUCCUGGGAAGAGAAUGUGCCAGAAAACCAGACCAGAAGCUGCCGAAGCUCUAUGGAGUGGGUGAUCCCACCGCCAUGUUCUCCUCUGAGAGCUCCCACCUGUCCUCAAGAGGAAGAAUCAUUAAAUGGUUUUGGGACUCGGCUGAGGAGGGUUACAGGACCUACCACAUGGAUGAGUAUCAUGAGGAUAAGAACCCCAAUGGCAUCAUUAACUUGGGCACCAGUGAGAACAAGCUCUGCUUUGACCUGCUGUCCAGGCGGCUGAGUCAGGAUGACAUGCUGCAGGUGGAGCCAUCACUGCUGCAGUACCCUGACUGGAGGGGACAUCUAUUCCUCCGGGAGGAAGUGGCCAGGUUCUUGUCUUUCUACUGCAAGAGCCCCACACCCCUUAACCCGGAGAAUGUGGUGGUUCUGAAUGGCUGUGCCUCCCUCUUCUCUGCCCUGGCCACGGUGCUGUGUGAGGUGGGGGAGGCUUUCCUGAUCCCUGCCCCUUACUAUGGAGCCAUCACGCAGCACGUGUAUCUCUAUGGCAACGUCCGACUGGUCUGUGUCUAUCUGGACAGUGAGGUCACUGACCUGGACACUCGCCCCUUCCAGCUCACAGUGGAGAAGCUGGAGAUGGCCCUGCAAGGAGCUAAUUCUGAGGGUGUGAGGGUCAAAGGCCUCAUCCUCAUCAAUCCCCAGAAUCCUCUGGGUGACAUCUAUUCCCCAGAAGAGCUGCAGGAGUACCUGGAAUUUGCUAAGAGGCAUGAGCUGCACGUGAUGGUGGACGAGGUCUACAUGCUGUCUGUGUUUGAGGAGUUGGUUGGUUACCGCAGUGUCCUAAGCCUGGAGAGGUUGCCUGACCCCCAGAGGACCCACGUGAUGUGGGCCACCAGCAAGGACUUUGGGAUGUCUGGGCUCCGCUUCGGCACACUGUACACAGAAAACCGGGACGUGGCCACUGCAGUGGCCUCCCUCUGCCGCUAUCAUGGUCUCAGUGGCUUGGUCCAGUACCAGAUGGCACAGCUGCUCCAGGAUCGCGACUGGAUCAGCCAGGUAUACUUGCCGGAGAACCACGCCCGGCUCAAGGCUGCCCACACCUAUGUCUCCGGAGAGCUCCAGGCCCUGGGGAUCCCCUUUCUGAGUCGUGGGGCAGGCUUCUUCAUCUGGGUUGACUUGAGGAAGUACCUGCCCGAGGCCACCUUUGAGGAGGAAACGCUGCUUUGGCGCUGCUUUUUGGACAACAAGGUGCUACUGUCCUUCGGCAAAGCCUUCGAGUGUAAAGAGCCUGGGUGGUUCCGCCUGGUCUUCUCAGACGAGGCCCAGCGGCUUCGCCUGGGGAUGCAGAGAGUCCGGCAGGUGCUUGAGGGCAAAUCCCAGAUGGCAGAAGACCCCCCUUCCUGUCAGACCCAGGAGCCAAGGGGCCAGCACAGGUGAGCUGGUCAUUGCCCCAUGGCCCUAUGGCCACGGGGCUUGGCAGCCCCUGCUGACUUGGGUCUUCAGGGCUUCGAAGAUGGCUGUGGAUAAGCCAUUUGCCAAGAAGAUAGCCUUGCCCCUGAAGAAGAAUUGUUCCUUGCCUCUCUUGGUGGCAGCGGGAGACUCCUUACGUUGUGGUUCAACCUGGCCCACCAUCCCCAACCCCACCCCCACCCUCCAUUAAAUAAA